UGGGGGGUCACGUGGACGCAGCAUCAUACGGCGCGUGCACUGUGCUGACGAGCUGUUGCUGGUGUGGAAACAGCUGGUGGUUUCUGUCAGCGAACACUUUCGGCUUGAUAAGCGGCGUCGGCAGGAAUAAAAAAAAAAUUAAGAAAAAGUUCUAAUUUGACUAAAGGGCGCUUUUGAUUUGUGUCGCCGCUGCUGUUCCGCCGCGUGCCGGGGAAAUGCCACCCGGUUUAACGGCACUUUUAUCCGGCCCAUUUGUUAAGUCACGCACUAGCUUGGUAAGCUACGGAGGAGUGACGCUCGUGCAGCCGGCUGCUAACCACCAGCUAGUUACUGCUAGCUAACUUUGUGCUCCCAUAGCAACAAACCACACAGGCGGCGUGUACACGGUCGGCUUCCUGACAGUCAGCCCAGGGGCGAGUUUUAUUCUGUUUGCUACAAUAUCAGCAUGACUCAUGUUCACUACAAAUUCUCCUCCAAACUCAACUACGACACGGUGGUUUUCGACCGCCUGCACGUCACCCUGAAGGACCUGAAGAGCCAGAUCAUGGGCAGGGAGAAGCUGCGAGCCGGGGACUGCGACCUGCAGAUCACCAACGCGCAGAGCAAAGAAGAGUACAAAAAUGAGGAUUGUUCGAUACCCAAAGGCUCCUCCGUCAUCGUCCGGAGAAUCCCAGUCAUCGGGGCGAAGUCCAGCUCGAGCAAGACGCGCCACAUUGAGCGAUCAGAUGUCCAGACUCACCAAGCCUUUGGAGCCUACAAAGCAAUGGACGACCAGAGUUCUUCGAGAGCCAUGCCGCUUUUCUCACAGAUGGCUAACCUGGCUGAUGUGGAUGGGUCAGAGGAGGAUAAGAUCAAAGUUAUGAUGAAUCAGUCCUCCUACGGCACCUUGAAUUACAACAAGAAGUGUUGUACUGUACUGCCCGCAAACUACACGUGUUAUCGCUGUGGGAAUACCGGACACCACAUCAGGAACUGUCCCGUCAGCGCGCAGGAUAAAAACUUCCAAGCCCCCACGAGAAUUAAGAAAAGCACCGGCAUCCCCCGUUCCUUCAUGGUCGAGGUGGACGACCCCAACACAAAGGGAGCCAUGCUGACCAGCUGUGGGCGUUACGCGAUUCCUACCAUAGACAUCGAGGCGUACGCCAUCGGCAAGAAGGAGAGGCCUCCGUUCCUUCCACAGGAGCAGCCGGAGACGGAGGAAGAGGAGGAUCCUAUAUCGGAGGAGCUCCUCUGUGUGAUCUGUCACGACCUGCUGAGUGACGCUGUGGUCAUACCCUGCUGCGGAAACAGCUACUGUGACGACUGUAUUCGCACCGCUUUACUGGAUUCAGAGGACCACGUCUGCCCCACUUGUAGCCAACCGGAUGUCUCCCCUGACAACCUGAUAGCCAAUAAAUUCCUUCGACAGGCUGUGGACAAUUUUAAGAAGGAGCAAGGCUACUCCAAAAGUCAGAAAAGAGGGUGCGGUACGUCCCAAUCCCAAAAUCCAACUGUGACGACGAGCCCUGUCCCGACCCCGCCUCCUGUCAGUGUGCCGAGCCAACCCAGGAAGCCUCCCCUGUCAACCCACACCCAGCAGGACCCUCUCCUGCACCACUCACAGGCUGCAGACACACCGCCAGUGGCUCAGGUGUGUGUGGCUCCGCCCACAGCAACAGGCCCCGCCUCUUCUCCCACCACAUCGAGCACUUCCCUCCAGCCUGUGCAAAGCCACCUGGAUGAACCAGACAAAGAGGCUGAAGAAAAGACCAGCGAUGACUCAGCGGCUGCUGCCGCCCCGUCUGUACCGGUUUCACCCAAAGACCCCACUGAUGCCCCAUCACAGCUGAUACCCCUAGUGAAGCUUCCUCCACUAAUGGAGCUGCCCCCGACGGUCAGUGUGACUCUAGAGCCGCCAUCUUCAGGUCCGGUCCCAAAACCCUCGGCGCCAUCAACGUGCUGGGAAAGCUCCUCCUCCUCCUCACUUUGUCCCACUGGAGGCUGGAAUGAAUCCAAAACCCAGCAGCCUCCUCCAUAUCCCACAACUCCUCCUCCUCUCUUCCCCCCCCCUCAUUUCCACACAUUCCUCGCCGCUCAGCAGCCUCUCGGCAGUUACCCCCCUGGAUACCCACCGACUCCUCCCCUCUGGGCACUCCCAAAUCUCCAGGGGUCCCCCAUCCCUUCCCUGUGCCCCUCGACCUCCAUCCCUGCCCUCAUCCCCAGUGAGUGGUUCCAGCAUCAGCGAAAGAAGAAGGAAAGGUCACCUCACAGAGGACCUUCCCACAGGCGCUCCUCCUCUCGUUCUGAAAAGUCUUCUAAGUUCAAGCCUUCUCGCUCUUCGAGCAGGUCCAGGUCCCGUUCCCGGUCCAGGUCCAGGUCCCACGGCAGAUCCAGGCCCCACUCGCCUUACUCCCGCCACGGAGACCUCCACAGCCGCUCUACUUCCUCCCGCUCCUACAGCUACGGUUACAAGCGUUCCCCCACGCCGUCCUCGUCGUCUUCACCUCGAGUGGGUUACCAUUCCAGGCCCAAGUCGCCGCCGGAUCACUGCAAAAGCGCCAAUCGCAGUCGACACCACAGUAAGAAAUCGGCUUCGAGCAGCUACAACUCCAGGAGGCGAGAAGAACAUUACCAGAGGGAGGCGGGAUCCUCGGGGGGAAGUUUACCCGGACACCUGUAUGCUCAGCAAGCAAAUCAGAGUGGCAGCCUGGAGCUGGACAGAGAGCGCUACCUGCAGUGGAACAGGGAGUACAAAGAGUGGUGUGAUAAAUAUUUCAGCAGCUACGUCGGCCACUUCCACCAGCUGCCUAUUCCCCUCCUCAAUAUUCCCCCUCCUCCUCAGUGGGGGGACAGAGAAGGAAGCGGAAUAACCCCCCGUGCUGACUCGGACUCUCGCGGCCGACUCCAAGGUAAACGCAUCGCUCGGCUGGAGGGCCGCUCCCCUCGGUCGCAGUCAUCCAGCGACAGCCGCUCCCCUCCAUCUCAGUCUUCGAGGGACAGCCGCUCCACGCUCUCUCAGUCAUCCAGUGACAGUCGCUCGUCUCCAUCUCACUCGUCCAACGGAAGCCGGUCCCCUCCGUCUCGGUCGUCCAGCGACAGACGCUCCACACCGUCCAAAGACGGAGCUCAGCCGAGGGCCCUUCAGCAGAAGUGCACCGAGAGGACCAGGCGCCGCUCGGUCCCGCUCACGAGGGGAGACGAAGACGAGAAGAAGGCAACCACGAAGAAUUUGGAGAACCUCUGCACCGUAAAACAUGAGCAAAAGAGGAAAGGAGCGGAGGAGGAGUCAUCCUCGCCUGAUGCUGCAGACUCAACGGAUGACUGCAGGAAGGACAAGAGGAGACGCAGCACUGGACCAAACGCCUUCAAGGACGGCACUCCAGCACAGGACAAAGCAGCUACCAGCGAUGCCUUCGAAUCGGUCCAACCACUCGCCAGACCUGCCAAACGUUUGGAUAAAGACGAUGAAAGAAAAAGCCGAGAACACAGGACUUUGGAAAUGGAGAAAGGACGGAGAAGAGGCAAACAUUCAGACUCCAGGCAGGACGUGGGGAGACGGCACAAAGAAAAGAAAAGCAAAGAGCCAGACAUGGUGUAUACAGACCGAUACCCCGGAGGCCGCACGGCUUCUCACUCGAGAUCAGAGAGGAGCAGAAAAAGAAAAGGAGAGGACAUCAAGAGAAGUUCUCUGAAGGUUGAAAACAGCAAAUGCCUGAAAACUAACACGGCAGAGGACCCCAAAACCUGCAGGAGUGAAUCCCCGAAUCCAUUUGAUAGAAAGAAGCCCAAAAUGGAGAAGAAAAAAGAGAGAAAAACAGAGCCUCUGACAGAGAGAGACAUCUGGGAGGGAGGGAUACGGGUGAAACCACAGAAGAAGAUAAGCAUCAACAUAAACCUGGAUGGAAACAGGAAGGAAGAGAAAACUGAGAAACAGCGAUCAUCUUAUUUAGAGAAAACAAAGGGAGAGAUUGAGAAGGCUGCUAAUGGAGAGCAGGAGAAGUUAAACAAAGAGACAGACAUUGAAGACGUGGAAGGUGCAUCUGAAGAAAAGAUGAAACCAGAUGAAGGAGAUGCAAGACAGAAAUGGGAGAAAGCUACCUUCAGAGAUGAUGGGGGAGAAAUGUUGGAGAAAAAAGACAUUGGAGAGAAGAAAGAGGACUUUGACUUAUGGCGUCACGCCCUCAGAGGAGAAGAGGAGACGACGAAGGAGAGUAAAAAGAGAGACGAAAGAGACGGGAUGGAUGCCGGUAAAGGAGAAGAGCUGAACGAUGAGAGGGGAGGACAAGCGAUGGCAGAAAGCACAUGUGAGGACAACAGAGGAAACCCGCCGGGGGAAUCAAAGGAGGACCUGGUGGAGGGGGUGAAGUGGAGAAUGAGGGAGGAGGAGGAGGAGGAGAAGGAGGAGGACACCACGGUGGGGUCCAAGUCCCAGAGGAGCAGAAACGAGAGCCACCAAGACGGACCAAACUCCUCGGUGGACGACAGCAGCAGCUACGGGGAUCGGCAGGAGCAGAGGACGGUGGUGAAAUACACCGAGGACGAGCUCGUACAGGUCCCUCGCACCGAGCGGGAGAAGGAAGAGGAAGAAGAGCGGGAUGAAGGUGUGACCGAAGCUCAGACGGAUGCCCAUGCAUCGUCUUUACCUUCAUCAUCCGUGUGUGUGCCAUCAGAGACGGGAACCAACAGGGAAACACAGAAUGAAGAAAAGAGAGAGAGCCGGAGUAAGGACCCAGAAUUCAUGCAGAACAAAAGCAGAAAUGAGAGCAGGGUUGAAAAGGAGUGGAAGCCAAGGCCGGUCAAAAAACAAGGCAACGGGGAGAUGGUGGCCGUGAGAGCAGGAGGUGGUCGAUGGGAGGAGGAGGAGGGGGGAUUGGACGGACGGACCAAGAUGGCGACGACAGGAGAGCUGGAGGAAGGCGAGAGGCCCAGCAGCGUCGGCUCAUCGGCAAGCCAGGAGGACGACGGGGGGAAGCAGGACGAGGAGAAGAGACGCCACGCCGGCCCGGAGGUCCUGCAGGAGGACGGGGAGCUGAAGAAGCACCAGAAGACGCCGAGUAGCGGGGAGGGGGUCGACCUCGAGAAGCUCCGCGCCGCUACGCCAUCUUGACCAUGAGAAUAAAAAAACAAUGUCUUUACUUGAAUAAUGUUUAUUUUUUUCCGAAAAAAAAAAAGUGCCUGGAUUUAUUUUGUCAACUUUAAUUUUAUUCUGCCAGGAUACUUCUUGUAUCGCCUUUAAGAAAUACGCUUCGUGCAAAGUGAAAGUGAGCAAACCGUGAAGGGAAAAGCACUUUAUACCAAAUAUAAGAAAGCAAAUGUUAAAGCUCGGACUUCUUGAAUUAUUUAAAGUUGGACGUGCACGUGCUCUCAACUUGCUCUGGACUGAAGCUGCGACGUUACGUUUUGACGAGAGGUCGUUCGGUAUUUGAUUUGCCUCGCAACGGGAGUGCACAUCGAGGAUUAUUAUUGAAGAGAGUUUGUGAUUUUCAUUUUUUAAAACACACUGUGAAUAUUUAUGAUUUGAACCUCUGUGUCGUAUUUUGUUUUUAUUUUGAAUUUUUGUAAAUGUUUAAUUUAAAAGCUGCUGGGUGGAUGAAUAAUUAACCAAAGA